AUGCGUCUUGCAGGAGUGGGCGUAGGCCCUGCGGGAGCGAGCAACGUGCUAGGCCCCUUACAUCAGCUGCUCAGCCUCCGCACGGAGCCCUGGGGGAGGGGGUCGGGGGAGGGGAUCGUCUCCGACCCGCCUCCGGGGGCCUCUUCCCUCCCCUUUGCAGGCCUGAAGGGGCGCCUGGAUCACCUGAGCUCCCUGAAGGUGAAGGGCCUCGUGCUGGGCCCCAUUCACAAAACCCAGAGAGACGACGUCCAUGGGACCAACUUGGAGGAGAUCGACCCCGCUUUUGGCUCCAAGGAAGAUUUCGACGGUCUCCUGCAGUCGGCCAAGAAAAAGGGCAUCCAGGUCCUUCUGGACCUCACUCCCAACUACAGGGGCCAGGACUCAUGGUUCCUCCCCGCUCAGAUGGACGCUGUGGCCACCAACAUCACGGAUGCGCUGAGAUUUUGGCUGCAGGCUGGUGUGGAUGGGUUCCAGGUUCGGGACGUGGAGAACCUGAAGAAUGCGCCUUUAUUGUUGGCCGAGUGGCAGAACAUCACCAAGAGCUUCGGUGAAGACAGGCUCUUGCUGGCAGGAACUAAGUCCUCCAACCUCCAGGAGAUCGUGAGCCUGCUCGAAUCGAACAACGACCUGUUGUUGACUAGCUCGUACCUGUCGGCCUCCCCUUUCACUGGGGAGCAUGUAGAACUCCUGGUCACCCAGUUCCUAAAUGCCACCCGCUCGCAUUUGACAAACGACAGUCGCUGGUGCAGCUGGAGUCUGUCUCAGAAGGGACUCCUGACUUCCUUCGUGCCGGCUCAGCUCCUCCGACUCUACCAGCUGCUGCUCUUCACCCUGCCGGGGACCCCGGUUUUCAGCUAUGGGGACGAGAUCGGCCUGAAGGCAGCUGCCCUUCCCGGACAGCCCCAGCAGGCCCCGGUCAUGCUGUGGGAUGAGUCCAGCUCCCUCAACACCUCGGGACCCGUGAGCUCCAACAUGACUGUGAAGGGCCAGAGCGAAGACCCUGGCUCCCUCCUUGCCCUGUUCCGGCGGCUGAGUGACCACCGCGGCAAGGAGCGCUCCCUGCUACACGGGGACUUCCACGUGCUCCCCUCGGGGCCCAGCCUCUUCUCCUACGUCCGCAAGUGGGACCAGAACGAGCGGUUCCUGGUAGUGCUCAACUUCGGGGACGUGGGCCAACCUGCCCAGUUGGGGGCCUCCGGCCUGCCCGCCAGGGUCGAUCUGCUGCUCAGCACCCAGCCGGGCCGCGAGGAGGGCGCCUCUCUUGAGCUGGAGCACCUGAAAUUGGAGCCCCACGAGGGGCUGCUGCUCCGCUUCCCCUACGUGGCCUGAUCCGUGGCCUGAUCUGUGGGCCUGCCGGGACACACCACCCUG